CAACAUCAUAUGAAAUCAACCAACAAUCGCAACUAACUGCAAUCUACACCAGUGGCUACAUACUGAAAAAACUCAGACAUAUUUUUUCUCUAACCACAAUGACUCAGAUUGGCUGGUAUGGCCUCGGGUCGAUGGGUCUGGCCAUGGCCAGUAACCUCCAAAGACACCUAGCCAGCAAGCGAGCCCUGAAUCUUAUCUAUUCAAAUCGGACAAUGGCACGGGGAGACCCCCUUGGAGCACUGGGCGGUACGCCCGAGUCUAGUUAUACGAAUCUAGUCGCCCAAUGUGGCAUUAUUUUCACGAUGGUUUCGAAUGACUCCGUCCUCCAGCACCUCAUCUCCUCAGUCACCGGCUCAGGGCUCUCCCUCCGCGGCAAGAUCUUCGUCGACUGUUCAACUGUCCACCCCCAAACGGUGGGUCUGACUGCCGUCAAGCUGAAGGAGAAAGAGGCGUCGUUCCUGGCUGCCCCCGUCUUCGGCGGUAAUCCCAUCGCGGUGGACGGCAAGCUCGUCUUCGCCAUCGGAGGGCCGAAGCAAGCAUCGGAGGUGGUAAAGCCGUUGAUCCAGAAUGUGAUGGGACGGAAGAUCAUCGACUGUGGCGAAGACGCUACGAGAGCCUCGUUGCUGAAGAUUGCUGGCAACAUCGUCACAGUCAACAUGAUGGAGGCUGUUGGUGAAGCCCAGGUCUUCGCCGAACGUACUGGUCUAGGAACAGGGCCAAUGGAGGAGCUCAUCGGCGAAGCCUUCGGUCCGGUCGCUGGCGGCUAUUCUAAGAGAUUGACAACAGGCGUUUAUGCGCCGCCUCUGAGCUCGCGGCCUGGCUUUGGAGUGUCUUUGGCUAUCAAAGAUGCCAAGCAUGCUCUUUCGAUGUCCAAGGAGAACAAUGUUGAGCUUCCAGGUUUGCAGGUAGCCCUGGAGAAUCUGGAGGCUGCCAGGGACUAUGCGGGCGAAUGCUUAGACAGCAGCUCUAUGUAUGGUGUUUUACGACAAAAGGCCGGGCUGCAAUUUUGGAAUGAGAAGAGCAGACAAGGAAAUUCGUCCUGACAAAUAGUGCUCGCGCAGUGUUUUUGCAUAACGAGUCAAGUCAAAAGAAACCAGCAUGUUUCUGCAUAGCGCUUCCACCUAAAGGAUUUGAAGAACACAAUUU